UCCGGGAGGUGACUGACACACAGUCAGUCUUGUAUAUAGGUCAGUUUGUCACCUGACGACGAAGAAGAGUGACAGCUAUUUUAAAAGCGUACAAGAGAGUGCCUUAUGUCACUGUAUAGUGAACCCCUUCAGUCUGAACACAAGAAGAUGGACUAUGAAGUACCUGACCUUCCCAGCGGCCCCCUGGAUAUCUACAGGAAGAAAGCCUCUUUCAACUGGAAGGACAUGCUUCUCUUUAUAGAUGGAGAUGAAAUGCUCACAUAUAAGCAACAUGUGUUUAAGACACUGGAGAAUGACCCUCUGUUUGCUCGUUGGCCUGGAGAAGAUCUCCCUGUUGAGAAAAUGAGAGAGCUGACUUUCCUCAGGGUGAAGCAGCUGUUCCGCUAUAAUUUUCUGACAAAAGAGGAGUUAAUGGCCAGUCCCUUGAAGUCUAUUGUCCUCAAUGAGUGUCUGGGCAUGUAUGACUGGGCCAUGGCCACCAAGUUCUCCCUCAGCAAAGGGAUGUUUGGAGCAACUGUUGCCAACUCAGGAUCAGGGAGACACAGCAACUAUGUUAAAAGCACUGAUGACAUGACGACAUUUGGAUGUUUUGCAUUGACUGAACUGAGCCAUGGCAGCAACACCAGAGCCAUGAGGACUACUGCCAUAUAUGACCCCUCCACGCAGGAGUUUGUGAUCAACUCUCCUGACUUUGAGGCUGCCAAAUUCUGGGUGGGGAACCUCGGUAAGACUGCCACCCAUGCUGUGGUGUUUGCUCAGCUAUACACACCUGACCAGGUGUGCCAUGGCCUGCACUCCUUCAUCAUCCCAGUGAGAGAUCCCAAGACCCUGCUGGCUCUGCCUGGUGUGCUAGUUGGAGACAUGGGCAAGAAACUGGGCCAGAAUGGACUGGAUAACGGGUUUGCUUUGUUCCACAAUGUGAGAAUCCCACGGGAAAAUCUUCUGAAUAAGACAGGGGAUGUUACUCCUGAUGGACGCUAUAUUACACCAUUCAAGGACCCAAACAAGCGUUUCGGGACAUCUCUGGGUGCCCUGUCAGGUGGCAGGGUGUCCAUUACUAGGAUUGCUCUGACAAAUCUGAAGCUGGCUCUGGUUGUGGCCAUCCGCUUCUCAGCCACCAGGAAACAGUUUGGACCAAGGGACGCAGAGGAAAUUCCUGUUUUGGAGUACCAGUUGCAGCAAUGGCGCCUGAUCCCGUACCUGGCAGCAGUGUACGCUUUUGAACACUUCUCCAAAUUCAUCUUCAUGAAAUUUUUGGAGUUCCAGAUAGGACAGAUGAUGAGAGACAACAGUGACAGACAAGCAGAGUUGAGCAGGGAGAUCCAUGCCAUAGGCUGCUCCAGUAAAGCACUGGGCUCAUGGACUGCUCAGAGGGGAAUCCAAGAGUGCAGGGAGGCCUGUGGUGGACAUGGAUACCUGGCAAUGAACCGGCUGGGCGAUCUGCGUAAUGACAAUGACCCAAACUGCACAUAUGAAGGAGACAACAAUGUGUUGCUGCAGCAAACCAGCAACUACCUGCUUAGUCUUCUCCAUGCCAAGCACCAUGAUGGUGUGCAGAUUGAGUCACCGGUUCACAGUGUAGAUUUCCUGGAUGAUUUCCACAUGACUCUGGGAAGCAAGUUUACUGCAACAACAAUGGAGGAGUGUAUGGACUCUGCNNNNCGCCUGGCAGCCUAUAAGUGGCUGGUGUGUUUCCUGCUCGAAGAGAGUCACAAAAGGCUGGAGCAGCAGAGGGCCUCAGGCAAGGAUGAGUUUGAGGCUCGUAACAACAGCCAGGUUUACUACUGCCGUUCCCUGGCCAUUGCCUACAUCGAACACAGUUGCCUCCAGAGGUUUCAUGAGCUAACUACGGAUCACGACACACCAGCUGGUCUAAGACCAGUACUUAGCAAGCUGUGUGCCUUGUAUGGACUGUGGAGCAUCAGCAGCCACAUGGUCACACUGUACCAGGGUAAUUUCAUGAGUGGAAGGAAGGCAGCAGAGUUGGUUCAGAUGGCCAUUCUCACUCUCUGCUCCCAGCUGAAAGAUGAUGCAGUAGCACUGGUAGAUGUUUUCGCACCCCCUGAUUUCAUUCUCAACUCACCAAUUGGUAAUGCUGAUGGACAGCUUUACAAGAACCUGUGGUCGACAGUGAUGCAGGGCAGCCAGGUGCUGGAGCGUCCCUCUUGGUGGAAAGAGUUCUGCUCAGACAAACCUGUGGUUGGAUCCCUGCGUCCAAAACUCUAAAACCCAGAAACAUUCUCAACUACAACCCUGGACAUGUGUAUGGAGUGUUAAGCAUAAAAUUUGCAUUUAACUUUGCACCUGUAAGUGAAGGCACAAAAUGAUGAUUAUUCUAAGUACCAGAAAUCCUAUAUACAGAGUGCCCAAUCAAGUGUGGUUACUAUGUAGGGAGUAAUGAUAGAGUAUCAUCAGACACAAACCUGGACACAAUCAAGAACUUUGUCAUUUUCAAAACCCCACAUAUUCCAUACAAAUUCAAGAAUUCUGAAUGAGCCCAACAAUCCUUGAGCCCUGGACCAAUGCUAAAUUCCAGAGACCACUGUUGUAAUGAUUUGUUCACCAAUCAGUUAGUCAAUGGGCACGGUUCUUUUGGGCUCUCUGGUUUAAAGUUUCAAGCCUGUUUCAACUUUGACCUCACCCAUCACCACUUUGGGCUGUUUUUUGUGAUUUGAGAUCUCAGCACAAUUAGAACGAUGGAUACACCUAAUAAUCCCUCAUAAACCAUUAACACAUGUAGAAUCCAUGAAUCUAUUGCUCCAGAAUACUUCCACAUUCUUUUUUAAAUUGGAUACUCUUUAAUACUAUGAUUACCACAUCAGAUACGCUUGUAAACGAAAUGUGACAAACCCUGUCAAUAUUUAUGUUAAAUCCUGUGCAAAUGAAUGGUUAAAUAUAGGCACAUCUUGUCCUAUGCAUGGGCUUCUGAAUGAACUACUAAACAAACAUCCAUACAGGAAACUGCUAGCAAACUUGCAGCUUUAGCAAAUUAGCUACUUAUGUGCUGUUGACAGAAAAGUCUACUGGCUAAUCAAGUAUCUAAGCAAAUAAUAGUUUAAGUCAUAUUCCAAGCACAAUGCCGCUAUAGUAAUUGAACUAAUAUUUGUAUAGCACUUUUAUAUGCAUUGAAGCACACUCAGAGUGCUUUCACACUUUUUUGCCCAUUCAUCCAUUUGCACUCCCAAACACACUGGUCAGCCAUAACAUUAUGACCACCAGCAUAAUACUGUGUACACAGCAGUCAAUGUGGUAGUUGGCUGCCACUCAUGCCACUCUGCAGCUCACUGUGCAUAUUCUGUGAAUCAGUUUGCUUCCAUAAUUAUACUGUCAGGAAGAGCAUACAGUAUGUAAAAGGAAGUGAAAACUGGUUGUGACAACAAGUUAGAGAUACUAUUUUAGACAGAUUCAACAGGUCAACCUCAUCAUCAGUGAGCCUUGGGCAUCUAUGUUGCCAAUUUACUCUUUGUCCUUCCUUAGACCACUGUUGGUAGGCACUAACCACUGCAGACCAAGAACACCCACCAAGACCUGCAGU